AACACAAAGAAGGGAAAGCAUGAGAAGCCGGUGCCUGGUUGAGCAAUUUGGAGCAGUUUUGGCUUCCUUUGGCGAGGAUUAGGAAAAGGAGGCUUUCAGAGACGGGGAGAAAACAGAUGAAGCGGCAGCACCAAGACAGAUAGUAAAAAAGUAGAGGGAGGCUUCUGAGGAAAGUCAGAAUUUUUUUGAAAAGUCUCGUCCCUGUCUCUCUCUGUAUCUGUGUGUCACCCUGAUUGUGGACUGUCAGCCUGUGAGAUAGCUGAUCAGCUUCCCUGGAUUUUGCAGACAAUCCCUCUUUGUUGUGCCUGAAAAUGGAAACACUAGAGUCUGAGCUGACCUGCCCAAUCUGUCUGGAGCUUUUCGAGGACCCACUGCUGCUGCCCUGCGCUCACAGUCUUUGUUUCAACUGUGCCCAUCGAAUCCUGGUUUCUCAUUGCACCCCCAGCGAGCCUAUUCAGUCUAUCAGCGCCUUCCAGUGUCCAACUUGCCGCUAUGUCAUUACUCUCAACCAAAGAGGCCUAGAGGGACUCAAACGCAACGUGACGCUGCAGAACAUCAUCGACCGCUACCAGAAAGCCUCUCUAAGUGGACCCAACUCCCCUAACGAGACACGUCGGGAACGAGUGAUCCCGGACAGCAAAGCCAUGACGUCCCCCGCGGACCGGGUGCAGUGUCAGUUCUGCGAGCAGGACCCCCCACAGGACGCCGUGAAGACCUGUGUUACCUGCGAGGUUUCGUACUGCGAGGAGUGCCUCAAGGCCACGCACCCGAACAAGAAACCCUUCACGGGCCACCGGCUGAUCGAGCCCUUGCUGGACUCCCACCUCCGUGGGCUCAUGUGUUUGGAGCAUGAGGACGAGAAGGUCAAUAUGUACUGUGUGACAGACGAGCAGUUGAUCUGCGCCUUGUGCAAGCUUGUCGGCCGACACCGGGACCACCAAGUGGCGGCCCUCAGUGACCGAUACGACAAACUCAAGCAAGCAUUGGACUCCAACCUCAACAGUCUAAUCAAGAGGACCAGUGAGUUAGAAAGCUUGAUGGGAAAACUUAUUCAAACCUGCCAAAAUGUGGAGGUAAAUGCCUCGCGGCAAGAAAACAAGCUGCAGGAGGAGUGUGACCUGCUGAUUAAUAUCAUACAGCAGCGAAGACAAAUUAUAGCAACAAAGAUAAAGGAGGGAAAGGCCAUGAGGCUGAGAAAGCUUGCUCAACAGAUAGCGGGCUGUAAGCAGUGCAUCGAGAGAUCGUCUUCCCUCAUCACUCAGGCUGACCUAACCCUUAAGGAGAGCGACCACACCCGUUUCCUUCAGACGGCUAAAAGUAUUUGUGAGAGAGUCUCUAUGGCAACAGCAUCCUCCCAGAUACUACUACCUGAAAUUAACUUGAAUGAUGCUUUUGACACUUUUGCUUUGGACUUCACGAGGGAAAAGAAAAUGCUAGAAAGUUUAGAUUACCUCACAGCACCAAAUCCGCCAGCAAUCCGCGAGGAACUGUGUACAGCUUCGUACGACACCAUCACGGUUCACUGGACAUCCGAUGAUGAGUUUUCUGUUUUAUCAUAUGAACUACAGUACGCUAUCUUCACCAGCCAAUCUAAUGUCGUCAGUCUGUGUAGCUCUGUUGAUAGUUGGAUGAUUGUCCCGAACAUCAAGCAAAAUCAAUACACUGUGCACGGACUCCAGUGUGGCACCAACUACAUUUUCAUAGUGAAGGCAAUAAACCAGGCUGGAAGCCGCAGCAGCCCCCCAGGGAAACUCAAAACCAACAGUCAGCCGUUUAAAUUGGACCCAAAGUCUGCUCACCGGAAGCUAAGGGUUUCCCAUGACAACCUUACAGUUGAGAGAGACGAGACGUCUUCUAAAAAGAGCCACAGUCAGGACCGCUUCUCCAGUCACAGCAGCUACGGGGUCACUGGGAAUGUCUACAUAGACAGUGGCCGCCAUUACUGGGAAGCUCUGAUUGGAGGCAGCACAUGGUUUGCUGUGGGGAUUGCUUACAAGUCUGCACCAAGACACGAGUGGGUUGGCAAGAACUCUGCCUCCUGGGUACUCUCCCGCUGCAACAACUCGUGGGCGGUGCGUCACAACAGCAAGGAGAUCCCCAUCGAGCCUUCGCCACACCUGCGGCGCCUUGGGAUACUGUUGGAUUACGAUUCGGGGUCGCUCUCCUUCUACGACGCCGUGGCCUCGCAGCACCUGUACACGUUUGACAUUGACUUUGUUCAACCCGUCUGCCCAGUGUUCAAUGUUUGGAAUAGAUGUUUGACGGUCCUCAGCGGACUGCCCAUCCCCGAUCAUUUAGAGAGCACCGACUUCAACCCCUGAUCAUGCAGACCCUACUCGAUCAUUCUUGACGAUGACAUAAACAUGUUGCCUGGCAGAAGUAUUCAUACCCUUUUGAACGGCCACGUUUUGUCAUGUUAUGACCACAAACUACAAUGUGUUUCGUGUUGAUUUAUCUGAUUCACACAACAAACUGAAUCACUGUGAAGGGGGAGGAAAAUAAGACAUGAUUUUCAGCUUAUUGCAGAUAAAAAAAGUUCAUACCUAUAGGGUUCAUUUGUAUUCGUUCCCCUUGAAUCAAUACUCUUUUUUAUGGCAUAUGUUCCUAUAAACUUUGCAGACCCAGACUAAUCUUUGCCUGUUUUGCUUUGCAAAAUAGACAAAGCUCAGUCAGAAUGGAAGAAGAGCAUUUGUAAACAACGAUUUUAAAGUCUUGCUAUCAAAUAUCAAUUGGAUUUAGGUCUGGACUUUGACUGGGCCAUUCUAACAUACGCUUUCAUCUAAAACAUCCCAUUGGAGAUCUGCUGGAGGGUGAACCUCCGAAGCCUGUUAUAGCUUUCCUGGAAUGCCUUGUGCCUAUCUCAAUCUGUCUUCCCAAUGAACUCUGACCAGAUUCUCUGUCCCUGCUGAAGAAAAACACCCCCACAGCAUGAUAUUCAUGUUUCACCGUGGGGAUAGUGUUUUGAUAUUGACAAUGAGGAGACCCCAGAUUCUGUCUAGCCUAUCCAGCUGGAAGAAAAAAUGAAAAUUAUAUAUAUA